GAUAGCUGAAGACAAGUGAGGAAGAAGAAAACAUUGAGACUGGUGGGAACUUCUGGGCCUCUGAAGAACAAGACCUUACCGGUGCUGAACAGAUCACAUUUAUUCUGAAAGCUUUUAAAGAUACCAGCUCAGCUCCUGAAUAUUUCUGCAGCAAACACUUGAAGACGGUUAAAAAUUGCGGUUAUCUAAACUCUGAAGAGACAAAAGAGAGCAGACAUGCCAGGUUCAGGAGGAACAGAUCCAAAGGGAGAAGAUUUCUCCACUGCCAUCCUAAAGCAGAAACACAGACCAAACAGACUCAUCGUGGAUGAAGCUCUCAGUGAAGAUAGCAGCAUUGUCAGCCUCUCACAGAAUAAGACAGAGGAGUUGCAACUCUUUCGAGGGGACACAGUGGUAUUGAGGGGACGAAAGCGGCGGCAAACUGUGUGUAUCGUCCUGACAGAUGAAACCUGUGGGGAUGAACGGAUUCGGAUGAACCGAGUGACGCGCAACAACCUGCGUGUUCGGCUUGGUGAUGUCAUCAGUAUCCACGCAUGCCCUGACAUCAAGUAUGGAAAAAAGAUCCAUGUCCUUCCUAUUGAUGACACCAUUGAGGGCCUAACAGGGAACCUCUUUGAGGUUUUCCUCAAGCCAUACUUCCUGGAAGCUUACCGACCAGUACACAAAGAUGACAUCUUCCUGGUGAGGGGGAGCAUGAGGGCGGUGGAGUUCAAGGUGGUGGAGACAGACCCCAGUCCUCACUGCAUUGUUGCCCCAGAUACUGUCAUCUACUGUGAGGGACAGCCAAUCAAAAGAGAGGAUGAAGAGGAGAGUCUAAAUGACAUUGGUUAUGAUGACAUCGGAGGCUGUCGGAAGCAGCUAGCACAGAUCAAAGAGAUGGUAGAGCUUCCUCUAAGACAUCCAGGACUCUUCAAAGCCAUAGGAGUGAAGCCCCCCAGAGGUAUCCUUCUAUAUGGCCCUGCAGGUACAGGGAAGACCCUGGUGGCCCGAGCUGUAGCCAAUGAAACCGGUGCCUUCUUCUUCCUCAUCAAUGGUCCAGAAAUCAUGAGUAAGCUAGCAGGAGAGUCAGAAAGCAACCUCAGAAAGGCGUUUGAGGAAGCAGAGAACAACGCUCCAGCCAUCAUCUUCAUCGACGAACUGGAUGCCAUUGCUCCCAAGCGAGAGAAGACUCAUGGUGAGGUGGAGAGGCGUAUAGUGUCACAGCUUCUGACCCUGAUGGAUGGUUUAAAGCAAAGAGCUCAUGUGGUUGUCAUGGCAGCGACAAACCGACCAAACAGCAUUGACCCCGCUCUGAGACGCUUUGGCAGGUUUGACCGUGAGAUUGACAUUGGAAUCCCGGAUUCGACUGGUAGACUGGAGAUCCUGCAGAUUCACACUAAAAACAUGAAACUGGGUGAUGACGUCGACCUAGAGAGGAUUGCUGCAGAGACCCAUGGCCAUGUUGGCGCUGACCUGGCUGCUUUGUGCUCAGAAGCUGCUCUGCAGGCCAUCCGCAAAAAGAUGACCCUGAUAGAUCUGGAGGAUGAAACCAUUGAUGCUGACCUGCUCAACUCACUUGCUGUCACUAUGGAUGACUUCCAAUGGGCACUUGGUCAGAGCAACCCAUCAGCUCUCAGAGAGACGGUUGCAGAGGUGCCUCAAGUCAACUGGGAGGACAUUGGAGGGCUGGAUGAGGUCAAAAGAGAACUUCAAGAGCUCGUUCAGUACCCAGUCGAGUAUCCUGACAAGUUCCUGAAGUUUGGGAUGACACCUUCUCGUGGAGUGUUAUUCUAUGGUCCUCCAGGCUGUGGGAAAACUCUCCUGGCGAAGGCUAUCGCCAAUGAGUGCCAAGCAAACUUUGUCUCCAUCAAAGGACCUGAGAUGCUUACUAUGUGGUUUGGAGAGUCAGAGGCCAAUGUCAGAGACGUGUUUGAUAAGGCCAGACAGGCAGCCCCCUGCAUCUUAUUUUUUGAUGAGUUAGACUCCAUCGCCAAGUCCAGAGGAGGUGGGGCAGGGGAUGCAGGUGGUGCAGCUGACAGAGUCAUCAAUCAGAUACUCACAGAGAUGGACGGCAUGUCCGACAAAAAGAAUGUUUUCAUCAUAGGUGCAACAAACAGACCAGACAUCAUAGAUCCAGCCAUCCUGCGGCCGGGUCGUCUGGACCAGCUCAUCUACAUCCCGCUGCCAGACGAACCCUCCCGCACAGCAAUUCUUAAAGCCAACCUACGCAAGUCACCUGUUGCAAAAGAUGUGGAUCUGGAAUUUCUGUCUGGCAUCACAGAUGGAUUUUCCGGAGCUGACCUGACAGAGAUCUGUCAGCGGGCUUGUAAGCUGGCCAUCCGAGAGGCCAUUGAGGCCGAGAUCAAGGCUGAGCGUCAGAGACAGAACAGACCAGGCAUCCCUAUGGAUGAGGACUUUGAUCCAGUCCCAGAGAUCAGGAAGGACCACUUUGAGGAGGCGAUGCGGUUUGCCCGCCGCUCUGUCAGUGACAAUGACAUCCGCAAAUAUGAGAUGUUUGCUCAAACUCUGCAGCAGAGCCGAGGUUUUGGAAACUUCAGGUUCCCCUCUGCUACUGGGACCCGGUCCGGAAGUCAGGGUUCAGGCUCUGGACAAGGAUCUGGGUCAGGGAGGCCGGAUCUGUACAGACAGGAGGGUGAUGAUGAUCUUUAUCAGUGACUAUGUGAACUGAUAAAAAAAUGAAACAUAAAAUCUAAUAAAAAUGUCAAAAUUUGUUUCAAAAGCUGAAAGUAAUUGAUCAAAAAAAUAAAUUUGAACCUGAAAACUCAGAAUUUGGCUUUCUCUCUGAUUAGUCUCCACUAUAAAAUAUGGAACAGAUUUCCACUUCUUUAUGUUAUACCCUGGCAUUUAAACAUUUGGGGUGCUAGGUCAAAGCUGUCUAAUUUGAACCAGGCCGUUUGAAGUUAGUGUGUUGUUCACGUUGUAUUCUGCCUCGUAGCUGCUAAGAUAGGCCCUAAGGCAAAAAUGUAGGCACUGUAACACUACUCUGUAGAGCUCUUCUUUGCAGGU